GAUUUUCUGGUCUGGUGGAGGGUUGGGUGGGAACCUGGGCAUCCUUUUUCUUCUCUCUCUUGCUCUUGCCAAGACCCUCGUACCUCAUCUCUAACCUUGUAUUAUAUACCUUUGAGGUAGAAAUCUCCACCUAGGAAAAGAGAUUUGGUGAAUCUGACCUGGUAGGGUGUCUUUCGCUGAAGGUUUAGUUUCAGUCCCUCUGACAGACUAAUCUGUUCCCAACACGCCCUCAGCUCUCCAAUGCCUUAGACUUUCCCUGCUUUAUCUCUUGCUCAGGUGUGUUCACUCCUUUUACAGAAGGCCGGCCUUGCCACCUUCAGUUGCUCCCAUCCUCUUCCCCUCCUUGCUUUCCUCCAUCUAGCCAAACUGGUUUGAGGCAGCCACGCCUGCAUCUGAGCUGGGGCUCUUCAGGUGGUGCUGGCCCCCCAGCCCCACCCCUGGGCUGGGCUUGGAGCCCUGAGUCAGCUCCAUCUCUACCCACGCCAAGUCACACCUGAGCAGAAGCCGAAACUCCCAGUCCCUCAAGGCGUAGAGCCAGGUGAUGGAGGAUGAGGAGAAGGCCGGCGAGGUCCUGGUGAGCACCACGGAAGCGGCUCCUGCGGCCCCCACCCACUGCUGCUGGCGCCACCUCCGCUGCUUGGCGGCCACCAGCGUUAUCUGUGGCUGCUCCUGUCUGGGAGUCGUGGCCCUCGUGUUUGCCAUCAAGGCGGAAGAGCGGCGCAAGGCAGGCCGGUUGGAGGAGGCCGUGCACUGGGCGGCCCGGGCCCAGAGGUUCAUCCUGGCCAGCUUUGCCGUCUGGUUCGCUGUCCUCUUCCUGGGUCCCCUGCUUCUGUGGCUGCUCUCUUACGCCAUCGCGCAGGCUGAGUGACCCUGGGUGGCCUCUGCUGAGACCUGAAUCCCGCAGUGCAGCAUGGCUAGGGUCCGGUGCCACAGUGGUCCUUCCUGGCUGGAAAGACGGUGUCUCCUCAAAGGGCAUUGAUGAGCUCUUCUUUCUGGCCCUUUAUGAGAGGAGGCAGCAGCCGAGACUGACGACGUCAGCCUGCUCUGUUCUUUCAGUGCCCACCGUUCCCUGUUCCCCCAACUCACCCCCUCCUAGGGGCCUCUACCCAGAGGUGGGGUGUAAGACCAGGCCUGAUUUUAUUAGAAUUUGUUUUGUAAUAAAAUCCUUUUUUAGUGGUGAAACACCGUUCCGUCUAAUUGUUCUU